CUUGGAGCAUCCCCGCCAGCGCUAUCCCCUGGAAGCUGAAGUAGGUAAGCAAACACCUGUCCCAGAUUCUAGCCGGACAUCCUGAGGCUGGGGGGCUUUAUUCAUUUCGUCAAAGGCAUCGCUUGUGCAAUGAUGACCAAGGAAGGUUUGGGAGAGGAGAGAAAUGGCACGCGCUUCAGGUACAGAACGGUCUUGCUCUUUCACAUUUUUACACUUGCACAUAUGCUAAUGAGUGCUUUCUAAAUUAUGGGUCCCAUUAAAACCAGGCAAAUUGUUUUCGAACCUCCCCCCUCCACCUCCCCCCAGUCUUGCCUCGGUGUGCAGCUACAGGCACCUGGCUUCCUCCCUUCCGUGUGGACAGGCAAACUGCAACUGUGUGGGGGACAUCGAUUACACGGAAUAUGUCUAUAUCAGUGCACAUAACAGAGAGAUAUAGAUAUAUUGGAAAUUCAGAAGUCGCCCUGAGGAGCAGCUCGGAGCCUACGAAACCAAACUGGGAGGGGUUGCUGGCGAAGGCCGGGCUUCCAUUGGCUGCACGCGCUCGCCGUGGCGCGGGGGUAUCUCUAAUCAUAUUCAGCAUGUUUUGCACAAGAAAUGUCAGCCAGAAAGGGCUACCUGCUCUCUUCGCCCAAUUACUCCACCGCAAUGGCAUGUUCCGAGAGCCCGGCUGCAAACUCUUUCCUGGUGGACUCCUUGAUCAGCUCGGCCUCCAGCAGAGGGGAAGGAGGCGGCGGCGGAGGAGGCGGCGGCGGCGGCGGCGGCGGAGUUGGAGGAGGCGGCGGCGGCGGCGGCUACUAUCCCAACAACAGUGGCGUCUACCUGCCACAGGCGUCCGAUCUGUCCUAUGGGUUGCAAAGCUUCGGACUUUUCCCCGUCCUGGGCAAGCGCAAUGAAGGCCCUCCUCCAAGCAUGGUCCCGUCUUCCCACUCCUACAUGUCAGGGAUGGAAGUCUGGCUAGAUCCCCCGAGGUCUUGCCGCAUGGAAGAGCCUGAAAGUCCGCAGGCGACCUCCUGUUCUUUCGCGCCCAGUAUCAAAGAGGAGAGCUCUUAUUGCCUCUAUGACGCCGACAAAGGCCCCAAAGAGGCGGCGGCCACAGACCUGUCGCCUUUCCCCCGGCUCACCUCGGAGGUUUGCUCCAUGAACAACGUGACCGCCGGAGUGCCGGUGCCGGGCUACUUCCGCCUGUCGCAAGCCUAUGGCACCGCCAAGAGCAGCGGCGGGGGCGGCGGCUACAACAGCAACCUCCACCCCCAGCAGCACCAGCAGCACCAGCAGCACCAGCACCCGGGACAAGUCGGGGCUCCGCAGUUCGCCCCGCAGCCCCCGGUGCGCUUUGAGACGCCUCCCGCCCUUCCUCCCGCGGUGCCGCCACCAGAAGCCCCGGGAAAGGAGAGCGCGGAGUCCUCCCCGCCCGCCGCUCUGGCUUGUGUCUCCCGAAGGGGGGAGGACGAAGGGCCCGCUUCUUCCCCGGCCGCAGAAGAACUCUCCCCGGCCCCUUCGGAGAGAAGCAAGCCCUCCCCCGAGAAAGAAAGCAGAGGCAGUUCCAAAGGGGAGAAUGCCGCCAACUGGCUCACAGCGAAAAGCGGCCGGAAGAAACGGUGCCCCUACACCAAGCACCAGACCCUGGAGCUGGAGAAGGAGUUCUUGUUCAACAUGUACCUGACUCGGGAGCGUCGCCUGGAGAUCAGCCGCACGGUGCACCUCACGGACAGACAAGUCAAGAUCUGGUUUCAGAACCGCCGGAUGAAACUGAAGAAAAUGAACAGAGAGAACAGGAUUCGGGAACUCACAGCCAACUUCAAUUUCUCCUGAUGAACCGAGGCGCGCCUCUGGGCUUCAAGAGCCAGACCGCUCCCGGGUUUGGGUUUUUGCCUUUAGGCUUCAGCUGACGCGCACCUGAGUGGAUUUGAACGUUUCGAUUACCCCUCUUUUUCUUUCUUUCUUUUUUUUAAACUCAGCCUCUCCAUAGCCGCCUCUUGGCCAUCGAUUUCAUUGGGAUAAAGCCAUAACGAUGCACAUCCACUCCCCGGCCCAUGUUUUGAACUGCUCUGAUUCCAUUCUUGGGUCUUGAAAACUUGGGCACUGAGAAACAGCAUUUUGAGAAAUCUAGAUACUGGGGAGGGGGGGACCCCCGCCAGAAAACUGAGCCAAACUUAGGAGCAGGCAAUCCCCGCCCCCCACCCCAAAAUAAUGGUAACUGGCGGACUGGGUUGAGUAUCUGUUUCAGUCUUUAAAUUUGGUGACACCGUUGUUUUAGUGGGGGAGGGGGGUUGUCUCAUCUGGUACCGAGACCACGGUCAGCCGACCACUUCGGGUUCCUGGGACGUCCAGGGGCACAGCCCGCGCUGCGUUGUUUGUUUCAUGCCCCCCCCCCCCUGGACAUCACAGCGUCCAUGAAAGCGAGGCCGCCAUCCUAAAGCGCUUAGUCCCAUGGAAAGAUGUGCUCCUUAUUGGUUAAAUAAUUACACUUUCAGGUUGUACGUAAUUCCUUUUAAAAAAAUAUUCUAGAUCGGCUGGGUGAUCGCUGGUUAUGCUUAACAAGCACAUGCAAAAAGAAAUGGUAAAAGAGACACCUUCCCCCACCUGGGGGGCGGGGAGGAGAGAAAAGAAACCCCUUUCCCCACUCUGAGAAGAAGUGUGUUUUGCUACACACACACACACACACACACACACACACACACACACACACACACACACACACAAACAAACAUAUUCCACCAGAAGCCUUUUUGUCCAGAAAGGGAACCCGAUUUUCUUUGAUACUGUGAAAUUACAUGCGUUGAGAAGGUCAGGCAUGUAGUGCGUAAAGAGAGAAGAAAAAAUAUCUAUAAAUGCAGAUAUGUAUAAAUGUCUAUUAAUAUUAAUAUUAUUAAAAUGUCAAGACUGUUGGAAGCAAAUGCAUUCUAUAUGGCUAUUCUAAAUGUUCUUCUCGUUCUUACCUUACAUCGGAAAUAAAUUAAUAUUGUAAUCCUGCUGUGCGUGGAACAAAAAACUCAACCACAAAAAAUUAUGGAGAAGCUGUUUUAUGUUCUCUUAGAAGAAUAAAAAGAAGUGGAAUGAAUCCCCCUUUUUAACAACAACAAAAACCA